AUGCCGUCACAGAAAAAAAUUCUGGCAGAACACCAGGCGGUGUCUUCUGACCAACUCCAGGAGUGUAGAAAUCGUCAUACUAACCCGCUCCUCAGGACCACUUCACAAACCUGGGUCGUCCCAGGCUUCAGCUGGGGGGCAAACAAAGAGUGUGUCCAGGAGGAAUCUCAGCUGCUGCCAGCCAGCGACAGUGCGUGUGGUCGCUCCACAGAGAAGGACACAAAGGAAACUAAACAACUUGAGGAGGCCGGUGCGGGCCAGCUGUCAAAGAGUGAUGCCUUACCUCGUCUGUUUCACCACCAGAGGGGUGAAACCCAAGAGGGCAGGAAAUUUCAGCAUCACAGAGCUCUAAUUAAAGCGGGUUCCGGUCCCCGUGGAGACCCUGUCCGCAAUAUAAAGAUCCCAUCCAUCACAGUGCAUCAAAAAUCUUCUGUGGUGACCAAAAGGUCCCCUCAUCAGGAGUCAUUCAUCUCACAAGUGCCAUUAAGAUUACAGAUUAAAGUGUCUGGCCAGAGGGGCAGUUUGGGAAUCAGCAUUGCUGGUGGAAAAGGCUCACUGCCUUACAAAGAUCAUGAUGAGGGCAUUUUUAUUUCCAGAGUAAGUGCAGGGGGGCCAUCAGAAAAGGCUGGAAUCCAUGUUGGUGAUAGACUGCUGGAGGUCAAUGGCAUCAGCAUGCAGGGGGUGACCCACCACGAAGCAGUCAGUGCUCUCCGGAAUGCUGGGAACUGCAUCAAGAUGAAAGUACUCAGAGAGAGGCUUCUACCUCGCGAGGUGCGUGACCUGGACGUGUCUCAGGAUCCUCGGGAUGCGACUGGACGAAAGCUGUGCAGCCAGCACGGAGAAGGCCGAAGCAAACAGCUCCAGAUGGAGAGCGCAGAAGACUGUGUAUCCAAGAAGAUUGAGGCGGUUGUGUGCAAUGGCAAUGGCAUUUCUGAUUUGGAGAGUGAUCUGAAGAGGACCGUGUCUGAACUGGUGGCAGAGGCUUUAACAAAAAAUGAUUCCUUCACAGUCAGGAAACAAACGAUGACAAUCCCUCGGAUCAUCCUCACUCAUCCCUCUACCUCAGAUGAAGAUGUGGAGCUCUUGACACAGCUCCCCGGCAGGGAACUGCUACGUGACUCUGAUGGUCUUGGCACACGAGUUCGAGCUGACUGCUGCGACAGUGCUUUCUAUCUACCUUGACCACAGAUUGGUGCUGCAUGGAUGACGGAUACAGACUGUUACUAUCCAGCUCAUUGUUGUAUUUUGGCACUGAAGCUUCCGUGAUGUUACUGUGUAGUCUAAGUAUGAAACAAACUGUUGGAAUGGGGUUUUUACUGUCACCGCAAAGCUUAUUUGUCUGUCAGUUUCAGCUGCUGCUAAUAGUUUUUAAUAAUUUCAAAGCCAUAUGCAAACAGGUAGAAUUUUAAAUGCUAAAUAUGUUUUUCUUGCAAGACUGCAUUAAACAGAGACUGUAAAGCACUGCAAUGUUCACAUAAAAUACAUGUCAUAUAUGAUCACUUAAACAACAAAUGAUUGCUGGCUACCUCUACACACUACGAAGUAUAAGUUAUGGAUGUGCUGACACGUGCUGUCUCCACUCAUGACAGUGUGAACCCCUUAAACCUUUCAUAGUCCACAUUAAGAUAAAAUCCUGCAUUUCAGAACAGAGUGCACAGCAGGCAGUCUGAGUCCUGCAGAGAGCUUCUCAUCGUCACACACCUGCUGUAUGAGCUAAACGCACACUUGUGAGAUUAAACCCGGUGCAGAGGGAGAGACCGGACACAUUGCAGGAGGAAUCUGUAAUCUCACUUC